UCCUAGCUAUGGACAUGUCUUGGAUUUUAGUUCUUGUCGCUGCCGCGUACACCCAGAGCGUAUACUGUGGUUACUACAACGGACCCACCGCCAAGCCUGUCGUCCUCCACAACGGCUACCUGGCAGACACCCAUGAGGUAGCAGCAGCCAAGAACGCUCAUCUCGCCGCUCUAGCCAAGGAAUCUCACUACGGAGGAGAAUCAGGAUACAGUCACGGCCAGGAAUACAGUGGUUCUUAUAGGUAUGACGGCCAUCAUGGAGACAUCAGGUACCAUAGACCCAUCGCCAUCCCACACGUCCUGCAUGACGGACACAUUGCAGACACUCACGAGGUGGCCGCUGCUAAGGCUGAGCAUUUCGCCACCGUAGCCAAGGCCAAGGCUCACAGAGGCUACGGUGACAACUACAGUGGCAGAUACACCUCAGCAGACUACGGCACCGACCAUGGACACUCCCAUCAUGUGGUGCCUUACCACGGACCCCUCGCCAAGCCCGUGGUGCUCAAGUCCGGAUACCUGGCAGACACUCACGAGGUCGCUGCUGCCAGGGAACAUCAUCUGCAGGCUAUGACUCGAUCCGUCUAUCAUGGGAGCAACGAAAAUCCCUGAAUGAUUUAGCUUUUUACUAAUAAAUAUGUUUUCACAAUU